AUGGAGAAAAAUGAACGGUCAAGCUCCGAAGAAAAAGGCACAAAAUCAUACCUACAGUUCCAGAUAGAGAGACUGAAGGUCCUCCAAGCGAAGCUCUCGACCGAAGCAGACGAAGAUUACGUCAUAGUUAAAGAAGAGGCAGAAAGGAUAGCGCGCGCUCGCGGCACCGAACUGCGUUCCGUGCGUUCGUCGCUCGCGCCCUCAGUCAGUCCGGCUCCGCGCGCGUAA